AUGAACUCACAGCUAACCGGAACCGCUGAUACAAACUCGAAGUACCUGAAAAAGUACGAAAUCGUAUGCGAUCUUGGUGAAGGGUAUGGACGCUACACAGUGGCACCAGAUGAAGAGAUUAUGAAGAUCAUAGAUGUUGCAAAUAUUGCUUGUGGAUUUCAUGGUGGCGAUUACAAUAUAAUGAGACGCAUGGUUAAGCUUGCUAAGAAAUUCAACGUGAAAGUUGGAUCACACCCUGGCUUUCCAGAUAGAAUGGGCUUUGGAAGAAGAAAGUGGGAUAUCUCACCUGAAGAGGUGUACAAUAUGGUUAUUUAUCAAACUGGGGCUUUAAAAGCAUUUCUUGAAACCGAAGGAAUGAAAUUAAAUCAUAUAAAACCACACGGAGAAUUGUAUUUUUAUGUCGAAAGAAAUAAAGAAAUCAUGAAAGCAGUUUUAACAGCGGCGAAGAACCUCAAUGUUCCUGUGGUCGGGGCAAAAAACAAGGAUUAUGCCAGAAUGGCGGAACAAAUGGGGGUGGAUUUUAUCCAAGAACUUUAUGUCGAUAUCGACUGGACAGUUGACGGAAAGCUUGUUCCGGUGGCCGAAUCUCGGACAAAGAAUCCGCAGAUAAUUCACGACACAAUUCUUAAAGCAGGUUGGACCGACAGCAUUACAUCAUUAGAUAAUAAAAAAGUUACAUUAAAUUUUGGCCCAAAUCCUUUCCUACUUUGUCUUCAUUCCGACUUUUCGGACGCUUUGGAGAAUAUUAAGGUAGCAAGAAAAGCGAUCGAUUUGUUGAACCAAAAAAAAUAG